AUGGCCGUGUCCAAUCCCACCGAAUAUCGGCGCAAGUUGGUCAAACGCCGCCGCAACGCCGUGGUAUUUCGCGGGGUGUGCGUGUCGGCGAUCCUGUUGAGCCUGCUGAUGUUGGCGGCGUUGCUAUACAGCGUAUUGGCGGAAGCGCUGAAGUGGUUCAAUCUUGACGGCAGCUCAAUCGUAACCCUCCUCACCGAUAUCCCCUCCAGCAAAGCCGUGGCCUCGGGCCUGUGGCCUGCCAUCGUGGGCACCCUGUGGGUGAUGGGCAUCUGCAUUGUGGCGUCGUUCACGGUGGGAGUGGCUGCCGCCAUCUACCUGGAAGAGUAUGCCGGAGGGCGGCGGAUAGACGAGUUGAUCCAGGUCAAUAUCCAGAACCUGGCCGCCGUCCCGUCCAUUGUGUACGGCAUCCUGGGCCUCACCAUUUUCGUGGCGGUUUUCGCACUGGGCAAAAGCGUAUUGACGGCCGGUCUGACGCUGGCGUUGCUGAUAAUGCCGGUGGUUAUAGUUUCGGCAGAAGAAGCCAUCCGCGCGGUGCCGUCUACCGUCAGGGAAGGCGGCUAUGCGCUGGGGGCAACCCGUUGGCAGGUAGUGUGGCGACUGGUUCUCCCUCAGGCCAUGCCGGGGAUCCUUACCGGAAUCAUCCUGGCGGUCAGCCGGGCGAUGGGGGAAGCCGCUCCGCUGGUGAUCAUGGGCGCCCUUUCUUUCGUGCCCUUUGCCCCAACCUCUCCACUGGAUCGGUUUACCGUUUUGCCAAUUCAGAUUUACGUGUGGAUCUCCAAACCGCAGGAAGAGUUCCAGCAACUGGCUGCCGCCGGCAUCGUGGUAUUGUUGAUCAUGCUGUUGGGAUUGAACGCCGCGGCCAUCCUAUUGCGCAACCAUCUCCAGAGCAAACACCGGGGGUAA